GUGCGGGGUGGUGGUGGUGGUGGUGGAGGAGGUGGUGGUGGUGCUUGUUGUUGUUGUUGUUUUCCAGCGAUGCGUGCGUGAGUCUACCGCACGGGGUUUAGCACCAUCCUGUCUGCAGCAGCCAUUAGCUCCACUAGCCGGCUAAGAGCUAGACGAGGUACUGGGGCUGCAUUAAAAAGAAAAGGAAAAAAAAAGAAAAAAGCUUUUUUAAUAAUUGUGAGCAGGGUUUUUUUUUUUUUGCCCACGUGUCCUCCCCCUCGACGUCUUUAUUUGCAGGAUUUGGGAGGAUUUACUCAUCCAGGAAUGAGGUCUGCAACGGAAUGGAGCCGCUUGACCUUGUUUUGGGGUCUGAUGCUGGGUCUGUCGUCCUGCCUCCGGCCCGCCACCGCAGAGAUCUGCGGUCCCAGCAUCGACAUCGGCAAUGACAUCAACGAGUUCAGGCGCCUGGAGAACUGCACGGUGGUGGAGGGCUACCUGCAGAUCCUCCUCAUCGGCGACAAGAACAACAACAACGUCCACCAGGACUACUUCCGCUCGCUCAGCUUCCCCAAGCUGACCAUGAUCACCGACUACCUGCUGCUGUUCCGCGUGUCCGGCCUGGACAGCCUGAGCACGCUCUUCCCCAACCUCGCCGUCAUACGCGGGCGGAACCUCUUCUACAACUACGCGCUGGUGGUGUUCGAGAUGACCAGCCUGAAGGACAUCGGCCUGUACAACCUGAGGAACAUCACCCGCGGCGCCAUCCGCAUCGAGAAGAACCCCGAGCUCUGCUACCUGGACUCCAUCGACUGGUCGCUCAUCCUGGACGCUGAGUUCAACAACUACAUCGCCGGGAACAAGCAGUCCAAGGAGUGCAGCGACGUCUGCCCGGGCAUCAUGGAGAACAACCCCCAGUGCAGGAAGACCAUGUUCAACAACAACUACAACUACCGCUGCUGGAAUUCCAAUCACUGCCAGAAAGAGUGCCCGGAAGAGUGUGCACGGGGAGCGUGCACGGCGGACGGCGAGUGCUGCCACCCUCAGUGUCUGGGCAGCUGUACGGUCCCCGGGAGCGACACGGCGUGUGCGGCCUGCGCUCAUUACUACCACCAGGGGCGCUGCGUGGCCGACUGCCCCCGCGACACCUACAAGUUUGAGGGCUGGCGGUGCGUCAGCAAGGAACUAUGCUCCAAAGUCCACCUCCCCGACUACAACAGCUUCGUCAUCCAUGGCGGCGAGUGCAUGUCUGAAUGCCCACACGGGUACAUGCAGAACGCACCCAACAGUAUGUUCUGCAAAGCCUGCGAUGGUCUGUGCGAUAAAGUAUGCGAUGAGAAGGUCAUCGACUCUGUGGAUGCUGCUCAGUCUCUCAAAGGCUGCACCGUUAUCAAAGGCAACUUGCACAUCAACAUCCGCCGAGGCCACAACAUGGUGGCAGAGCUGGAGAGUUUCACAGGUUUGAUCCAGAGGGUGACCGGUAACGUGAGGAUCCGACACUCCCACACUCUGAGCUCGCUGGCCUUCCUCCGCAACCUCCGACACAUCGAUGGAGAGAACCUUCUAGACGACAUGUACGCCUUCUUAGCAGUUGACAACCAGCAGCUCCAGUAUCUUUGGGACUGGAAGCAGCACAACCUCACCAUCAAGGCGGGAAAGCUGUUCUUCAGAGCCAACCCGAAGCUCUGCAUGUCCGAGAUCCGCAAGAUGUGGGAGAAGACGGGUAUCCAGGGCCGCUUCGAUGAGAGCGAUUUCCGGAACAAUGGCGACAGAGCCAGCUGUGAAAGCACAAUCCUGACGUUCAAGUCCAACAGCACCAGCAGUACAAGGAUCAAACUGACCUGGCAGCGCUACCGCCCUCCGGACUACAGAGACCUCAUCAGCUUUAUCGUCUACUACAAGGAGGCGCCAUUCCAGAACAUCACAGAGUACGAGGGGCAGGACGGCUGCGGCUCCAACAGCUGGAAUAUGGUGGACGUGGAGCUGAGGCCGGACAAGGACUCAGACCCCGGAGUUCUGUUGUCCAACCUGAAGCCCUGGACGCAGUACGCCGUGUUCGUCAAGGCCAUCACCCUCAUGGUGGAGGACAAACAUUUGCCGAGCGCCAAGAGCAAGGUGGUCUACAUCCGCACCAGCCCUUCGGCGCCCUCCAUGCCGCAGGAUGUGCGAGCGUACUCCAACUCCACUACGCAGCUGGUGGUGCGUUGGUCGCCGCCCAUCUCGCCCAACGGGAACCAAACGUACUACCUGGUCAGGUGGCAGCAACAAGCCGAAGACCGAGAGCUGUAUCAGCACAAUUACUGCUCUAAGGAGCUGAAGAUCCCCAUUAGGAUCGCUGCCAUAGGUGUGGGAGACCAGGAAGAUGACACUAAGCCCACCAAGCCAGAUCCCGACGGGCCGGACAAAGGCCCCUGCUGCCCCUGCCCCAAAUCAGUAGAGGACCUGGCGGACGAAGCAGCCGACGCCUCCUACAGGAAAGUCUUUGAGAACUUCCUGCACAACUCCAUAUUCACACCGAGGCCACCAGAUCGUCGGCGCCGAGAUCUCUUUGGCAUAGCCAACUCCACUCACCCCCGCCGCAACCGGCUGCACGCCAACAGCAGCACCGUCCCGCCUCCCCAAGCCGCCGGCAACAGCAGCGCUGCGGCAGACUUGGACCCGGCAGACAGGGAGUUUGAUUUUGUGGAGCAGGCGGUGUCGGAGCGCGAGCUGCAGAUCUCGGGCCUGCAGCCAUUCACGGUGUACCGCAUCGACAUUCACGCCUGUAAUCGGCAGGUCCAACGCUGCAGCGCCGCGGAGUUCGUCUUCUCCAGGACCAAGCCCGCAGAAAAGGCUGACGACAUACCCGGCCCAGUGACCUGGGAGGGCCACGAGGACUGGGUGUUUCUGCGCUGGCCCGAGCCUCCUCACCCCAACGGACUCAUCCUCAUGUAUGAAAUCAAGUUUAAUCUAGCUGCUGAGACCGAGAAGCACGAGUGCGUCUCUGGUCAGACGUAUCAGGCCCAGCGAGGCGUUCGGCUGUCCAACCUCAGUCCAGGAAACUACUCAGUCAGAGUGAGAGCCACGUCUCUGGCUGGCAACGGCUCGUGGAUUCACGCUGUGGAUCUCUACGUGGCUGAACGAUAUGAAAACAUGCUUUACGCCAUGAUCUUCGUUCCUAUCUUCAUCAUCCUCCUCGUCUGCCUUUUGGUCCCGUUGCUGGUGAUCCUCAGCAGGAAAAGGAGCAGUGACCGGCUUGGAAAUGGAGUCCUGUACGCCUCGGUCAACCCAGAGUACUUCAGCGCUGCAGAAAUGUAUGUACCAGACGAGUGGGAGGUGGCACGGGAGAAGAUCACCCUGAGCCGCGAGCUUGGCCAGGGGUCCUUCGGCAUGGUGUACGAGGGAAUGGCAAAGGGCGUGGUCAAGGACGAACCAGAGACUCGCGUCGCCAUUAAGACCGUCAACGAGUCGGCCAGCAUGAGGGAGAGGAUAGAGUUUCUCAAUGAAGCCUCCGUCAUGAAGGAGUUCAACUGUCACCACGUGGUUCGUCUCCUGGGAGUGGUUUCUCAGGGCCAACCCACCCUGGUCAUCAUGGAGCUGAUGACGCGAGGGGACCUGAAGAGUUACCUGCGCUCCCUCCGACCUAAAGAGCAACAGUGGUCCAGCCUGUCUCUGCCUCCUCUGAAGAAGAUGCUUCAGAUGGCCGGCCAGAUCGCUGACGGCAUGGCUUACCUCAACGCCAACAAGUUUGUCCACAGAGAUCUGGCAGCCAGGAACUGCAUGGUGGCAGAGGACUUCACCGUUAAGAUAGGAGACUUUGGCAUGACCAGAGACAUCUACGAGACGGAUUACUACCGCAAAGGUGGUAAGGGUUUGCUCCCUGUUCGCUGGAUGUCACCUGAGUCUCUGAAGGACGGGGUCUUCACCACCACCUCUGACGUCUGGUCGUUUGGGGUUGUACUGUGGGAAAUCUCCACCCUGGCAGAACAGCCCUACCAGGGUCUGUCCAAUGAGCAGGUGCUCCGCUUCGUCAUGGAGGGAGGGCUGCUGGAGAAACCACAGAGCUGUCCCGACAUGCUGUUCGAGCUGAUGCGCAUGUGUUGGCAGUUCAAUCCCAAGAUGCGUCCGGCCUUCGUGGAGAUCAUCAGCAGCCUAAAGGACGAGCUGGACCCGUCUUUCCGGGAGGCAAGUUUCUUCUACAGCGCCGACAACAAGCCUCCUGAAGCUGCUCAGCACCACGUGGACAACGUGGACAUCGUGGACAACGUCCCUCUGGACCCCUUGUCUUCCACGCAGCCACAGCAAACCCCAGUCCCCCAACAGACCCCGCCCUCCCCGAGCUCAGAGGCCCCGCCCGCCCCGUCGUUAGCCCCCAGCUCCCCCUCAUCCCCCUGCACGUCGAGUGCUGCCAUGGACAAGCAGCCCUCUGGCCAACAGGCAGCCAACGGGCUGUCGGGGGCGGGCCACGCAGCAGGGGCGGCACGGCCGUCUCUGGACGAUCUGCCGCCGUACGCCCACAUGAACGGGGGACGCAAAAAUGAACGCGCCAUGCCGCUCCCGCAGUCCUCUGCCUGCUGAUUGGACAGAGACACCAACCGGACUGCAACCCUGCCAGAACCCUGAUGUCUCAGCGGGUGGGAUCUCUCUUUUUUUUUUGUUUUGUUUUUAAAUCACAUACAGCAAAACCAUGUCCACCAGCUGAGUGCUGCUGCUCAGUGAGGAGCAAAGACUCACAGGAAAGGUGAAGAAAACUGUCACUAAGUGCAUGUUCUGCUGUAC